AUGCUUUUCAUGGUAGGCCCUGCGGCCAGCUGGACUCCGGGGCCCCUGAGUCUCCACAGGGCCAGCCCAGCCCUGUCUGCUGUCCUUUCUACAGCUGCCCUGGGGAACUUGGUUCUUGGCGAGCGACUGAGGAGGCGGGAGCAGACGUCCGACUGUUCCUACACCCGAGCUUCCCCGGUGUCCGGCUUCCGGAUACUCUGUCAGUGCUGCUGCCUGGAUUUCUGCAACAAUCCGAAAAGCAAAGAGGCCGCUGUGCACUAG